ACGCGGUGGGCGGGGCUUCUCGGAGGGCGGGGCCGUGUGGAAUAGUUCCGGGAAGAGCUGACGUGAAAUUUAAAGACACAGUGUGACAGGUCGCUGACAGGAGCGGCGAUGCUGUCUGUGCAGCAGGGGGAUGGCGUAGAGGAGACAGGCGAGCUUUUGUGAUGACAGCCCCGGGUCCUCGCUCUGAGAUACGGAUCCGGUUUUCACCGCACUUGUAUCCAUAUUUCCUCUGAUUAUAGAGUCCCCGGUAUACACGAUCCGUGCCCAGUAGCUACGCGAUAAACUGCACUGAUCGCUGCCGCUCGUUAGGAGGGUGAUGGAGCGCUCCCCGGCCGAGGCUGCCCUGUUCGGGCUACCGGAAUUGCAGUUCGCCGCCUUAUUACUGCUCUUUGCGGCCUCUCUCAUCACAGUCCUGGCUUGGCUAUUUCAAGUGACCAGGGGAUCUCCUCGCCCUCCUCCGCCUGGUGCCCGCGCCCUGCUCACCGCUCUGUGCGGCUUCCCAUCCAUCAGAGAGAGCUGGAGCAGAGCCUGGGCCCGAGCUCUCAACCGGGAGGCGUCCCGAAGCCGGGGCUCGGUACAGCUCCUGUUUGAAGAGAGUGCUGCGCUCCAGCCCGACACUCACAUCUCUCGGGUGACCUGCACCAACCAAGCCGACAGCAACAUGGUGUUUCUUUGCAGUCUUUCGGCUGAUGCUGUCAGGUUCCCGGUCUCUGUGACCCAGGAGUCUCCUGCUGCUGUGUCUAUGGACACCUAUCAAGUCUCCCUCACGUUAAAACAUGCGCAGAUGGAGGUGAGACUACAGGAGCUUCCUCAGGAGGGUCUUCUCGUGUCCUGGGGCUUUAGGGAGCGCCCUGAUUUGAUGCUUGAUGUAACCCCUAGGCAUUCACAGCAGAGCAAUGAAGGUGGUGCAGAUCUUUGCACAAUUAAGGAUCUUAUACAGGAUGCGCUCAUCAGCGCUCAGCCUUCCAUGGUAUUCAACCUAAAGUCUAGCGAUGGUGAUACGGGUAUCCGCGACCGACUGCUUAGAGGAUCCCCAUGCCAAGCGCAGAGCCCAAAGCUUCUGGUUCGCCAGUUGCGUCUUCUGGAUUUCAUCUUGUCAGAGACCGAGGUAGAAUUGAAGUGUGAAAUAGAACUGGACUCUCCUCUGCAGCGCAAGGAGACCCGCAGCGUCCGAGCGCAGUCCAAAGAGGAGGCCUGCAACCUCUCGUGGAGUGAAGAGAUGACAUUUGAUCUUACGUCUGAAAGUAAAGAGCUGUCUUUGAGAGUCUGGCAGCUGGGGACCAACGGGGACAAUAUAGUGCUGGGAUACAUCACGGUUCCUUUGGUAUCGCCAAGCAGAGAGCUCUGCGGGAAGCACGUUUACCCUCUGAUUCUAAGCGGCCCGCUGUCUAAAGUCACAGCGCCAACAGUCUCUGUGGAGUUUCUGCUCCCGGAGCCAGCCUUAUCACGCUCUACAUUGGGAGCCCCAACUCCGAGACUUAACAUCACUCCAACUAAGAAAGUGGAGAUGGACCGUACUGUUAUGCCAGAUGGCACCAUUGUGACAACUGUGACCACUAUUCAGUCUAGACCCAGACUGGACGGCAAGAUUGACUCUCCAUCCAGGUCCCCGUCAAAGGUUGAAGUGACUGAAAACAAGCCCGUUGUCCUGCGGCGCACAUGCUCCAUUGGCUCCUCGCCGAGCGGAAGCGGUGGUUCUCCAACUUCUCUCAAGUUGGAUCCAGUGGCUGAGACUGCUAUUAGGCAACUGACAGAACCAAGUAAUAAGCCGACCAAGAAGACUCCCACAAAACGCAGUACUCUGAUUAUUUCUGGAGUCUCCAAGGUCCCAAUCGGGCAGGAUGAGAUGGCGCUCUCUCUUGGGUAUGCAGCCUCUAUGGAUGCUUCAUUGCAAGAAUAUCCUGUAAGUUCCAAUGAUCCUGUCUUGGAGGCAUCUGAUCAACUGCCUUCUGAGGUGACGCCACCUUUUGGGCCAGACACUGAUGACACCACACGAUCAGAUAUCUCAGAUCGACCUUCUGUAGAGGACCUUGAGUCUGAAACGGGAUCUACUGGGGCUUUGGAGACACGAAGCUUAAAGGAUCAUAAAGUGGGAUUCCUCCGCAGUGGUACAAAAAUGCUCUUCCGUCGGCGCCAUCGUGAACCAGGCCUUAGUCAGUCACAUGAUGACCUGACAGAUGCUGCCUCUCGCAAAAAAAACAGCUUUCCCCGGCGAUUGCUUAAACGAUUUUCUUUGAAGACCAAGUCCAAGCCUACUGUGAAUGGAAGUGCCCAAGGGGCGGAAAAAUGAUAGGUGCCAACCCAGAAUUGAGGUUUCUCCUGUCUACCUCUAGCCCGACCCAGCAUGAACAGGUGUACCCACUUUCCAAAACUGAUGCUGGACUCUGCCUGUGAGUGACGUGGACAGAAAGCAAAUGUGGCCAGGAGUCUAAACUAAGAGUGCAUGAAGGAAGUUAACUCUUUGAAGCCGAACUUUGAUGUAGGAAUAUGUAAGGUGCUAGUAUGUGAGACAUUCAGGGAUGGUGUGAUCCUUAAACUUGAGAUAGAUAUGGAAUUCUUCUUCUUCUGUAUGUGACUUUUUCUGUAUAGACAGAACAGCACCUAUUUAAAUAUGAAAUCUUCUGUCUUUUUCAUUAAUUGCUUAGAACCUUAUACAGCUCUGCUUCCCAAAGCGUGUGUUUACUUUUAGGAAAGCUGCUAAAUUACUUUUUUUUUUUAACUUACAGACCAUCAUGGGAAAUUCCGCUAUAUCUACAUUUCUGAUAAGCGUUUUAAUAUCUCUGGAAGUGGAUGAGUUAAGAAGUGUUAUUUAUUUAUGAAGGCAUUUUGUUAUUUAAGAGAUAACUGUGAGAUGUGUCCUUUACGCGACAUCUCCCAUAUCUGGUUUCUUACGGAUAUAUAAAAAUUAGGCGUUAAAACAAUUACUCCUGGUACGUAAUGCUUUAUAGCUAAAUCAAAAGUGAAAA